CAACGAUUUCUGCUUUCGUUAACGUCGAACGUCAGUCUGUCGGUUGUAAUAAUACUUUACGCUGUUGAAAGAAAUAUAAAAAUGUACGCAAAAAAAUCCUGCUUUUUUAUAUGUUGAAGAAUUUUUCAUGAGAUAUGUGUAUUAAAUACAAGUUUUACUAUUAUUUAAUGAAAAGUUGGCAUUAAUUUGCUAAAAGGAAAAAAGGCGCUAAAGUCGGCAGAGAAGUUAAAACUAAAUAAAAAAUUGAUUAUACGCGCUUCGCGCAUCAUGGAGAAAAUGGACACUAGUAUGGAGCAACAGUUUGAUUUGAAUUUAAUUGAAGCUGUUCGAAUUAAUCCCGUCAUCUAUGAUCGAUCACAUUAUAAUUAUAAACAUUUCGUUAGAAAAGCCCAAGUAUGGAAGCAAAUUUCCGAAACAUUAGGUGUGCCUGAGCAAAAGUGUACAAAACGCUGGAAAAGUUUACGUGAUAAGUUCGCUAGGGAAAUAAAAUUAAGUACAGGAUCACGCUGGCGGUAUUUUAAACAGAUGCAAUUUUUAGUGGAAUCUAUAAGGCAAUACCGUGAAUCUUUGUUAGGUAAAUGUGGACCAAUUACUACAACAGCGGGUAAUGCGAGCAAUACGACGAAUCAAGUAACUCAACAGCAGGCACAACAACCGGCGCAACAACAGCAACAGUCUUCUCAACAGCAGCAUACGGUCGUUGAUUUAUUUCAUUUUAAUGGCACCUCUGUUCCCGGUGCUACCCAAGCCUUGCAUCCGCAUGUUACAGGCGACAAUCAGUUAACGGCUACCACAACAACGGCUGGCAAAGAUCAGAAGACUUUUUACUACGAACCAGUUUUGAAACGCGAACGUCUCGAUGACGAUCAGCACAAUGAAAAUAUGUUGAAUCCUAUAAAAAUUUUCCAAAAUACCAUAUCAUCCGGUGUUAGUGCGGAAGAUCAAUCGUUCGGUUUAGUCGUUACCGAAAUGCUAAAUACGCUGGGCGUUCGACAAAAGGCCGAAGCUAAAGUUCACAUUAUUAAGUAUUUAACGGAUAUGCAAUUGGUUGCACAACAUAAUAAAUUUUAAAAUUUUUUACAUGAAAUGCAUUCACACACGCGCUCACCCACAUCCACACCGUAAAUAUAUUUUGUUAAUUUGUUUAAAAAUUAUACUAAUAAUUGAAUUUAAUUUUAUAUAAGAAAAAUAAUACAUUUAUGUAUUACUAUUACAAUUAAGGUGCAAUUGAUAACCUACAAGG